ACUAUAUAUAUAUUUGAACGAUAAAGGAGAAAUUAACAAAGAAAUCCAUGAAAUUAUAAAAAAUGGUUUUGAUGAUAAUAAUUGCACAUAUGAAAAAACGUUGCAAACAAAUAGUGAUGUUACGGAUACACCACACGAGUAUAAUACCGCAUGUGAGUGUUCUGAAAAAAUAGAAUUAGCAAAAAAAGCUGCAAAAAAUUCGGAAUAUAGUCAUGAUGUACAUAAUAAAUUGGAAAAAAAUAUUUGUGAAAAAACGUUCGAAGAUGGAUGGAUAGAAUGGGAUUGUAACAAAAGAGAUAGUGGUGGAUAUUCAGUAUGUAUGAAAAAAAAUCCUAAUAUUGACGAAAACAAUUAUGAAUUUGAUGAAUGGUUCGAGGAAUGGUUAAAAUCAUUUUUAGAUGAGUACUCUCAAUUUGAAGAUAAUGAAUGUAUCAAUAACACAAAUAAUAAUACAAAUAGUUGUGUUGAUGAUACAUGUAGAAACAAAUGUUAUUGUUACAACAAAUGGGCAGCAAAAAGGAAAUUAGAAUGGGAAUUAUUACAAACAUAUUAUAAAGAGUAUAAUAAAAAGAAUCCUGAUGGAUUUGAUUUAUCAACAGGUUCAGAUUUACUUGAUACAUACCUGGAAACACGUUUUAGUGAAGAAUUCGAAACAUUAAAUGGUACAUCCAAAACACCUACACAACAAAUGAUUACUAAAUUCAACGAUGCUGUAAUGAAAUCAGAUCAAUGUGUAGAAAAAUGUCCAAAAAAACUGUCUUGUGAAGAAAAAGGGUUUGUAACGGGAUGGGAAUGUGAAAAAACAAAUGGUAAUAAGGACAAAAUAUGUGUAAAAGAAGGAGAAAACAAAUAUGAAAAGCCAAAUCUGAAUUAUGUUGAUAAAAUUGAUAGAUUUUAUGAUUCGUUUAAUGAUUGGUUAAAUGAUAUGGAACAUAUGUUAGAAGAAAAUAUGAAACUAUUGGAAUAUUCUUGUAAUAAAAAAAAAACAUAUAUAAAUAAAAAUCCUAAUAUAUGUUUUAGAUGUAAAAACGAUUGCAAAUGUUACGAAAAGUUCAAAGGUCAAAUUGAGAAGCAGUGGGAAAAACUCAAAGGCUACUACAACAAUUACAAAAAUGAAGAAGAAAGUAAAAUGCAUAAUAUUGAUCUUGAAACCUAUUUGGAAGCACAAUGCGAGUAUAAUUUGACAGAAAAUGAAAAACCUCAAGGCGAUGCUGAAAAACAAUGUAAAAAAAAAAACACUCAUGGUGGUAGUGAUCACACAAUUUUUGACGAAAUGGUAGAUAAUAUCCAUAAGAAAAAAGAUAAUGUUUGUGAUGUGUGCAAAGAAGAAAACAAAUAUGACGAAAAGGUUGAUGCUGCUACAUGUAGUGGAAUUGUGGAAGUUCUUAAGGAUAAAUGCAAUGAAAAAACGUUUGAUGGAUUAAACAAUAAAGGUAAAGAAAAUAAAGAAUGGCAAUGCAAAAACACGAGUACUGAUGGAACGUUACAAAAAGAUGUAUGUGUUCCUCCACGAGGACAAAGUAUAUGUAUAGCAAAUAUGGUAACAUCAUACGGAAGUAUUAUAUAUCUGCAAAAUGACGAAAGUGAUUUGAAAUCAAAAUUAAAAGAAGCAAUAAAAACAGAAACAAAACGAUUACAUGAAUACUACAAAAAAUGUGCUUCCCCUAUUGCGGCAUCAAUAACUUUUUUUCUCAAUUCAUUUUUGGCAAUAUCUUUACCACCA